AUGCGAGUACCUUUUCCCCCUCCAGGAUUCGGGCUUCUAGAAUCAGGUGCUGUAUCCAAAAAGAAUGAAGUGAAUAUAUUAAUGAAGAAUGCCGUGGAUGUCGUUCUUGGUGGACUUUCUUACUGGAUGUUUGGCUAUGGAUUACAAUAUGGACAAGGACCAGGAACCUCGGCAUUUUUUGGUGUUGGAUCGUUUAUGGUAGACGCUGACAAUGAUGGGGGAGUGUUCGCAACUUUCAUUUUUCAGUUAUCCUUUGCCACAACCGCAACGACUAUUGUGUCUGGUGCAAUGGCAGAAAGAGCAGAUUUUAAUGCUUAUAUAGUAUUUUCUUUUCUAAAUACAAUUACUUACUGCAUUCCAGCUGGUUGGAUGUGGGGUGAACAUGGAUUUUUGAAGAAGCUUGGAGCCAUUGAUUUUGCUGGAUCUUGCGCAGUCCAUUUAACUGGAGGGGCUUCGGCACUUGUAGCAGCUCUGCUGCUUAAACCAAGGUUACACAGGUAUGAUCAAGGUACCAGCUCUUUGGCUAUGGGAGAUCCUGGCAAUGCUAUUAUUGGAAUGUUCACAUUGUGGUGGGGAUGGUUAGUAUUCAACACAGGCAGUAGUUUUGGCAUAACAGGAAACAAGUGGCAAUAUUCUGGAAGAGCAGCUAUUAACACCAUCAACGCAUCUUUGGGUGGAGGAAUGGCGGCACUUAUUUUAAC